AUGGAAAAUAAUUAUUUUUUGUCUUCAUAUGAUCCAUAUGUACCUAAGGAGGGCGCUGCUGGUGGACCACCUUCAAAAACUGCAGAAAUUCAAAAAAAAAUCGACGAGACAGUAGAAGUUAUGCGUGAUAACCUUAAAUCCGUUGCCGUAAGAGGAGAGAGAUUAGACACUUUACAAGAUAAAACCGGUAAAGAAAUUAUGUUGGAGAAUAAAGAAAAACUUUAA